UGAAGCCGUGCUGCGAUUCCAACAUGGUGGUUUUUCAGUGCAAGUGGUGUGCCUGCAAGAGGAGUCCCAUGUCCGGAAGAGAAUAUUUUACCUUGUUCGUGGUACAAACGCCCGAGUAAGUUUCACAAGGACCAUCGCACAGCGGCGUCUACCGAAAGGAGGAGGAGGAUGCUGUGCACCAUGGAGAAGCCCAGCCCGGGCGGAGGUGCCACGGGGGGCACGUGCACCUCGAGCGUGCCCAAGAUCAUGGUGUUCCGUCCCACCUUGGAGGAGAUGCAGGACUUCUCCAAGUACCUCGAGCACAUGGAGUCCAUGGGGGCACACAAGGCCGGCCUGGCCAAGAUCAUCCCACCUAAGGAGUGGAUCCCACGCAAGGGUGGCUACGAUGACAUCGAGAUGGAUAUUCCAUCGCCCAUCUCGCAAGUGGUGUCGGGAGGCCAGGGCCUGUACCAGCAGUACAACAUCCAGAAAAAGUCCAUGACUGUCAAAGAAUUUCGGCGUGUGGCCCAAAGUGAUCGUUUUAACACGCCGGCUCACUUUGACUACGAGGACUUGGAGCGCAAGUACUGGAAGAAUAUAGCCUUCAAUGCUCCAAUCUACGGUGCGGACGUGUCGGGAUCCCUGUACGACCCGGGUGUCAAGGAGUUCAACAUCAACCACCUGAACACCAUCCUGGACCUGGUGGGCCAGGACUACGGCAUCAAGAUUGAGGGUGUCAACACUGCCUACCUUUACUUUGGCAUGUGGAAGACCACGUUUGCCUGGCACACAGAGGACAUGGACCUGUACUCCAUCAACUACCUCCACUUCGGGGCCCCCAAGUCGUGGUACUGCGUGCCCCCCGAGCACGGGCGCCGCCUUGAGCGCCUCGCGGCGGGCUUCUUCCACAACACAGCCCAGGAGUGCUCCGCCUUCCUGCGCCACAAGAUGACUGUCAUAUCGCCCCAGGUCCUGCGCCAGUACUCGAUACCUUACAACAAGAUAACCCAGGAGGCUGGCGAAUUCAUGAUCACUUUUCCGUACGGAUACCAUGCUGGCUUCAACCACGGUUUCAACUGUGCCGAGUCCACCAACUUUGCUCUGCCUCGCUGGGUCGAGUAUGGCAAGCGGGCCUCGCAGUGCCUGUGUCGGAAUGACUGCGUGAAGAUCAGCAUGGACGUGUUUGUGAAGAAGUUCCAGCCCGAUCGUUACGAGCUGUGGCUGGCUGGCCAAGACGUGGGCUGCCACCCCGAGGACCCCUCGAGUCGCGUGGCUGCCCGGCCACCUACCCACCUCGAGAUGGCCAUGCUGCGUUCCAUGAUCAAGUCCAAGUCUAAGCGCCACCCCGUGCUGGCCAAGGCCUGCCUCAUACCUGAGGAGGAUGCCGGCGACACUGAUGGCACGGAGAUCUAUGACCCCGAGGACGACGAGGACACCAAGAAGCAGCGGCGGCCCUCCAAGGGGUCACUGUCUAAGCGCAAGCCCAAAGGGGCAGCACAGGGUGGCGACAAGACCAAGCGGGUUCGCAGGUCUCGCACCAACAGCACCAAUGACGGGGAUGCCUCAACCACCAAAGGGUGUGCAACCAAGCACCCCACCCAGUACAGUGGCCUGGUGCAGGAGUUGAGUGUCGUGGUGGAGCCCCUGGCGCACGUUGGGCCUCCGAAACUGGAGCCCCACAAGGCGACCCCCGCUGUGGCUCCUCUCUCGGAGGAGGCAAUGCAGCCGCCCACCGAGAGCAAUGAGGACGUGUACCACCACGCUGCUCAGCUGCCCGCAUUGAGCCUGGGACCGGGGGGUAGUCUGGGCGACCAGUGGUCCCUGAUGACUCCGGUGGAGGCACUUGUUCCCGCGCCAUCGUCCUCCCCCAACCAUUCGGCACCGCUUCUUCCUUCCCCACCAGAGGAGGCCGGCGCGCUUCCCUCCUCGAAGGUGGCCCAUGAGGAGGAGGAGGAGGUGACACCCACCCCUGGCAUGCCGCGCAAGCUGUGCCUGAGCACGGCCGUACGACGCCAGCCUCUGCACCCAGCGCCCAAGAAGGCCAAGCCGCAGCAUCCAGCUGUCAUCAAGGGCCAUGGGGAAGACAGCAGUGAUGAGGGGUGGUCGUCCGGAGGAGACACCUCGGGGUCGAAGGCCAACGGUAGUGCCUCCACAUCCCCGGCGGCCACGACUGGUGGCAACGGCAGUGGCAGUCUCGGGGCGAGGGAGCCCGGUAGCUGGGCAGCGCCGUACAUGGACCUGUGGAGCUUCCGACCGGCCAGCCUGUAUGCCGAGCGCCAGCUCAACCGGCACUCCUCCACCCUCGAGCCGCACUGCGCCCUCUGCCUGCUCUUCCGGCCACUCCAGUAUUCACGUGAGGAAACGCCCCGAGAGCAGCCCACAGUGCCGGAGUCAAGUGCCGUUUGGAUGCCUGCUGUGUGCUUCGUCAAUGGCGGCCUGGAUGUGGUGCGUAGCGCCGAAGUGGGCAUGCCGGAGAUUCCUGACACAGAUGUCAAGUCGAGCGAGCUGCUCAUUUGCUCCUCUUGCUCAGUCUGCGUUCACAAACACUGUUACGGUGUCACUGUGCCCGUCAUCAAGGAGACUUGGAAGUGCGACCGGUGUGCGGUGCAACCUGUCAGCGUGGAGUGUUGCCUGUGCUCACUGCGUGGGGGUGCCCUGAAGCAGACGACGCAUGGUCGCUGGGUGCAUUUGCUGUGUGCCCUGUUGGUGCCCGAGGUGCACCUGGUGGACCCACGCACCCGUUCACCUGUGGAUGUGCUCAGAGUUACACCACAGAGGGCCCGCCUGCGCUGCACAUACUGCCACAAGCUACGGGACCGGCUUGGCUGUCCCCUGGAGUCGGGUGCGUGCAUCCAGUGCACGUCGGGCAAGUGCACGACGGCCUUCCACGUCACGUGCGCCCACGCCGCAGGCGUCUCGUUCCUCACCUCCGACUGGCCCCUGCCCAUCUUCAUCAAGUGUAUCAAGCACAGCUCAACGCAGGGCGACACCAAGGUCAGGGAGGACACUACUCGUUCACGACUUGAGAAAGUGACACCACGGGAGCGCCCACCGGCAGUGCUGGCUGUGGAGCCCGGCAGUCGUGUUGUGGCCAAACACAAGAACGGCCGCUACUACUGGGGACGGGUACAAGAUUGCCGCAGCCAGGACUUCUACUCUGUAGACUUCGAAGACAACUCCUCUUGCGACAACAUGCGGCCAGAGGACAUAGUGGAUCGCGACUGCGUGCAGAUGGGACCACCCAACCCUGGCGACAUAGUUCAGGUGAACUGGACAGACGGCAAGCUGUACCAUGCUGUCUUCAAGGGUCACAGAACGAUCACCCUUUAUACGGUCGUGUUUGAGGACGAGUCUGAGCGGAUAACCAAGCGCGAGGACAUCUACGCCGAGGGAGAAGAGCUCCCGAAGCGGGUCAAGUCUAGUCUGAAGCAACCGAGAGGCAGCACAUCGACCUGUUCGAAGAACAGCCGGUGGAAGGUCGUCGCCGCCGGGCCCUUAACGUCCGCUACAUCGAUGAUGACAUCCUGCUCCUUUGAAGAAUCUGGCAGCACGUCAUCGGCGUCGUCAUCGGCGUCUCCCGAGCAGCAGCAACAGCAGCAGCCACUCCGCUGCCCACCUCUCUACCUGCGGAGGGAGAGCACACCACCACACGUCGCUGUGCUGCCCACCGUUGUCUCGGCAACCGCCCAAGAGUUGUCAUCUUGCCGGUGAUGACGACGCACUGAGAAGAGUGUUGUUGCCCGAGAACAUUGGCAACCACUGAGGCCUGAACAAGAAUACUGUGUGGUUGUGUGUGUGUGCAUGUGUGUGGUUGCGAAAGAUUCGUUUGCAUAAUGAACUGAAGUGUCGGCUGCAGUCCUGGACCUGAAACACAAGCCCACUGCAGUGUGUAUUCAUCAAGGGGAGGCAUAGCAGCACAACUGCAACUUGGAAACGUGUGUGUUUAUGUGCACUCGCAACACAUAUAUUGCUCCAAAUGAACCAGUUUCUCAAGAUGUGCACGUUGCGAACAUUACCCACUUGUGUGAUACUGUGCUGUGUGCUUGGUCUGCCACAUUUUCACUUUGUCUAUAGAAGUAGUAGUUUGAGGUAGGGGGUGGGGGCAACACUGUACAGGUUUGGCUCUUCACAUAACACAGUCCCAUCGCCCACGGCUACUCCAUUGUACUAGUGUUGGUGUGUAUCCUUGUUGACCAUCGGUGAGGGCACUUGCGGUAGGAGCAUGCUGAAAGCGAUGCGUUGCCCACUGUGUGUACAGAGGCCGUCGCCUGGUGAGCAGUAAGACAUCCCCCUUCUGAGGUUCAUCGAUGCUGUAAAUUGGCUGUGCUAGCACUCGUCAUUUCUUCGGCUCUGCAUCUUUCUGUAGAUGUUUUUGUGAUGCAGAGAGCCCUUCCAAAAACGUGAACAAAUUGGCUCCCUGGGUGUGCAGACUGGAAUCAAGAUGGCAACCAUCAGUUUUCAAUUGUAGGUUCAGGCAGCAAAGAAAUUUGGCAUUUUGAUUACUUCUACUAUCCCGGGCAGGUGCGAAUGUCGAUUUGUAGCAAUAGAAAAAUGUCUGGCACGCUGACAGCUGUCUAGUGUGCAGAUACAGUGGGUGCACUCGGAAGACACGCAAACUGCUGCAGGAAUACGAGUGGUGCUUAUAAGGUGUGUCUGCAAGGGUAAGAUUUGCUCAUUGAUAUAAUUUGCUCAUUUAUGAGUGUCUGCAAUUUGUCAUACGCUUUAGCGGGGCCGUUAAGUGCAUUACAACUACGGUAUUUUUAAGUUGCAAAACAAAUAGGGUUAGUCGUAAGUCAUUCAGAGCCUGUAGUUUCCAGUUGGGGCAGUCGGCGCAGAUAAUGUCAUAGUUGUGUGCAGCCACUUAAUAGCACUUUACGAAUCGGAGUGCCCUUGGAUGAGGAUUUCAUAAAAUGCAAUGUCCUAAAUAUAAUUUCAGAAUUCUCUCAUAGCCUGAGAGUUCGUUUAGGGGAGGAGAAGGAGGUGUCGCUGGUUGCUUGAUGUGAUGUAGAGCCACAGGUUCUUACAUUGCAUGAGAGUAGGGGGGGGGGGGGGGUUGCCCAGCCAACUGCUGGGCAACCCCCUGGAGUGCGAGUGCUCCUGGACGUGCCCAAAGUUCAUUUCUGUCAACUCGGUCUUCCUUCACCUGUCUUCUUUUCUUUUAAAUAUUUCCUGUAAGCUAUGCUAUCGGGAUGAUUGGGCAAGAUGGUGUCUUCAUUAUGUUGCAUUGCCUUGGCCACAAUUGUCCAUUUCACAAUAUUUUAAUGCUCACUACCACCUAAAGGGCCCCCGGCAACCUGGAUGUAGGUUUGAUCAAAGCCAUCUGAUACGGUAGUUGAUGUAUCCUAAGGUUGCUGGCAGCAUGAUUCGAGAAGCAAGCCACUUGUCGAAAACGUAGUUGUCGGUUGAGCUACUGGCUCAUUGGUUUUUGUAUUUCGAGAAGGCAGUGUCUGCAGCUUCCAUCUGUUCACAUCCGUGUGUCCCAUCAAAGCCAAACGAGUUUUGGCGCUCGCAGUAAGUGCUUUCCUUGUCCGUGGCAUCUCGUCGCUGUGGCUUAUGAAUGCGAGUGUCUGGCACUAGGAAACAUCACUUGGUAGUGCUUUUGAUGAGAAAAAAAAUGCUGGCUAAGUGCAGCGUUUAAUCAAAGCUGACAGCCGUGGCACAGUUGCUUCAUUUUUGCUGGUUUCUCUUCUGACCAGAUUCUUGGAUGUUUGAUCUCAUCAUUGCAACACUGGUGGGCAUAGAAUAUUGGUUUUUGUUUCCAAACAGUAUUCAAUGGCUUUUUCGUUUUUUCUUUAUCUUUGUUUGUUACUGGUAUGCAAUCAGAAGUGUGGGGUUUGUUUCUUUGUUUAAGCGUGUUUCGUGUUGCUAUGUUUUUUCUAUUCCUUUCAACUAUUUUACAAUGUCUUGCGGCCCCCCAUUGGAACCUUGAUGCUAUACUUUUUCUUCGUGCUUUGUGUAUUCUAGCAUGCUUCUAGAUGAAUUAUCUUUUAGAAACAUUUGCUUUUUUGCUUUUGCAGCGUUUUAUCACCUUAUAUGGUGGAACGUUUGCAAUUGCUUUCAUCCUUUCUCCUGCUUGCUUUUUCAACAGCAAAUGUAUUGUAGGGAUUUUAGUAAUUAUUUCUAAAAGGGUGAGCAUCAUAAUGAUAGGAUUCAUGUGCAGUUAUAUGCAACUGUAAAAGCAUCUCCCAUGAGCCACUAGCGUGGUGCGUUUUAUUUGAGGCUACAAAAAGGAACUGUGAAAAUUGUACCUUGUACUCUUGUGCAGUUAUUUUGGCAUGCUUUAAUGCAGUGUUGUGCCUGUUUGCUCGUUUGAGUGAAUUGAUGGAAUGUGUAAUCUAUUGUAGAAGCAUGGUGGCAUACAUGAAGUGUGAAGUUUUCUUUGGCAAGAUUAGUACCUACAUCCUAAGCUUGAUUUCUGUGGCACUUCUCAUUGUGUUGUGGUUAAUGUGGCUUUUUAUAAAUAUAGUUUUUCCUCUUUAGUUGCGUCAUUUGGCAGAGUACUUCCUGUGUUAAUGAAUUUUGGCUCGUUAAAUGUGUGUGCGUUUGUGUCCGAAAUGCGUGGUAUUUAAACAGUGUUUGGUCAACAAGCAUGUGUACAGAAGCAUAUCGCAUGUGUAGAAAGAAUUCCUUUUCACAAAAGCCGUGAGGUUAGCCCAGAGCCAUGACAUUGCAUAUUCAGAAAAUGUACACUCCGAGCAUCCUGUUGUUUAACUAGCAGACAUCCGUGUAUAACAUUUUACAUCUUUGUCACCCCUAUAGUUUUGAGUGAAGAUUUCUCUAUCGUGUUUGAUGACAGAUUAUUUAUAAAUGCCUGCCCUAUUCUGGCUUGUACUAUUGUUUGCCAGCCAAAUAAAAGUCGUGUUGUACAUAGCA